CCGGCGCGUACUGUGUGCGCUCAGCUGUGCUCCAAGGAACGCUCGGAACUUUAUGGCUUGAAGAAUGGUCGGCUACACAGAUAUGUCGGACAACAUUGGUAGCUCAGGAGAGGUCUUGAUGUCUCUUGAGAUGACAAGGGAGAAUGGAGUGAUUCAGAACAGCAAACCUCAUCAGCAAGUACAGAUAGAUGAUGCAGGAGAAUUUCUUAUACCCAAAACUGACAUGGGAGGGACGAGUUCAAUGACAUCCGCAUCUUUUAAUUUCAUCAAUUCGAUUAUCGGAUCUGGAAUCAUAGGAUUACCCUACUCUCUGAACCAAGCGGGCCUCCCUCUGGGAUUAAUACUGCUUAUGGCUGUUGCGUUCAUUACAGAUUAUUCCAUUAUACUACUGAUAAAAGGAGGUAAUAUGUCGGGCACCAGCAGCUACCAAUCCUUAGUCCGCAGCACAUUCGGCUUUGCUGGGUAUUUGGUGCUCUCUGCACUCCAAUUCCUCUAUCCAUUUAUUGCAAUGAUAAGCUAUAACAUCAUUACAGGAGAUACGCUGACGAAAGUGUUCAUGAGGAUACCAGGAGUGGGUGCAGGGAGUGUGCUUGCAGGGAGACGUUUCGUCAUCAUGCUGUCCACCAUUCUCUUCACUCUUCCAUUGUCUCUUUAUCGAGACGUAGCCAAGCUGGGAAAGGUAUCCUUGCUGUCCAUGGUCUUGACUCUGGGCAUCCUCAUCAUGGUCAUCAUGAGGGCAGUCACACUUGGACCACAGAUUCCGCCAACAUCAGAAGCAUGGUCAUUUGCCAGGUGGAAUGCAAUCCAAGCUGUUGGAGUCAUGUCUUUUGCCUUCAUUUGCCAUCAUAACAGCUUCCUGAUCUACGGCUCCAUGAGAGACCAAACGCUAAGCAACUGGUCUCGUGUCACGCACGUGUCGGUGGCCUUCGCCUUCAUCGUCAGCGCUGCGUUUGCCGUGGCAGGAUACGCCACCUUCACCGGCUACACACAAGGGGACAUAUUUGAGAACUACUGCAAAAGUGACAACCUUGCGACAUUUGGCCGAUUCUGCUAUGGCAUCAGCAUUGUGACCACAUUCCCCCUUGAGUGCUUCGUUACCCGAGAGGUGGUGUCAAAUGUGUUUUUCGGUGGGGUCCUCUCCACCACUUCCCAUGUUGUGGUGACUGUCGUAAUUGUGUCCGUGUGCACUGCACUCUCCCUGGGCUUUGACUGUCUUGGCCUUGUUCUGGAGCUAAAUGGCGUCCUGAGUGCCACGCCACUGAUCUUCAUCAUCCCGUCUGCGUGCUAUCUGAAGCUGAACUCAGGCCGCUGGUACCAGGGGGAGAACCUCCUGCCCUGUCUCAUCCUGAUCGCCGGGGUCUUUGUGAUGCUCAUCGGCCUGAUCAUGGCGGCCAUGUACCCCCAGGACUGCUUGCACGGGGAGGAGAUGUUUUAUUGCGAGGCCGCGGACGCACCUUUCAUGAUGUCAACUACUGAAACUCCCCUACUGCCAUUUCUAUCAAACACCACGGCAGCACCCACGGAAGCUGACUUUGACAUGAGAUAAAUGUGAUUGUUUGAAAUAACAUGCUUUUUUCUUGUUUUGCUUGUCUCGCUUUG